AUGACGGGACGAAAGCAGCUGCGCGUGUCAAGAAGACUUGACAUGAUUGACGAUCGAAUUGUUAAGAUCAGAGCCGGUCCUGAAGGAACAGCAAAAGAGUUCUCAGUCCAUGAAGCAAUACUGCGAGAGAGCUCGCCAUUCUUUCGCACUGCGUUGGAUAAGAAAUGGCGUGAAGGCCGCUCGCGGCGCAUCGAUCUUCCACAAGACGACGGUGAGGUCGUGGCCGCAUUCCUUGACUGGUCGUACUUUAAGAUCAUCGCCUCCAGACCCGUGUCACCUCCAGAGCUCCCUAUGGACGAUGGAGAAUUCGACUUUCUUGCACGUCUCUACUGUUUCGCGGAGAAGGUGCUUGUACCGUCCUUCGCGGACGAUGUCAUUGAUGCCAUGGCACUCAAGACCGAUGAUGUCGCCAAGGAUGGUACGAGAACAUUUCCCAGCCAUUCCGCCAUCACACUCCUUUACACUGGCACUCCAUCCGGAUCGCCGGCACGCCGAUUCGUGUGCGAUAUGUACUGCGAGUUUGGGAUAUCUGCAUGGAUACCGAAAGAAUCCGGUCUGAAUCACCCCGAGUUCCUGCAAGACUUGGUGAGAGCUGCUCUAGGAGACCAUCCGAGGAGGUCAACGAAUAAGCACUCGAACUAUCCUAGGCGUAGAAAGUGGCACAAGUGUGGUCCGGCAGAGGAGUUCUUACAACUGGCGCCUUUGGGUGAGCGCGCUGGGGAGGCAAGCUGA